CACACUGGAAUAAAGAGAGCAUUCUGUCACUGGGAAAACUGGCUUUUCAACAACUUGUGAAGGGCAACCUGAUUUUCUAUGAAGAUGACCUGAAAGAGGCUGGCAUUGAUGUCAAUGAAGCCUCAGUGUACUCAGGAUUGUGCACACAGCUCUUUAAAGAGGAAUGUGUGCUGUACCAGGACAAGGUGUACUGCUUCGUGCAUCUCAGCAUUCAGGAGUUUCUGGCUGCUGUUCAUGUGUUCCUCUCAUUCAUCAACAACAAUGAGAAUCUAAUGGACAAACUGCAAACCACAGACGAGCCAGAACCUCAAUCAAUGUUCAGCUACUUUCUUUUGCUUUUCAGAGACAAUACUGAAGUUACUUUCUACAAGAGUGCUGUGGAUAUAGCCUUACAAAGUGAUACGGGAAACCUGGACCUGUUCCUCUGCUUCCUUCUGGGCCUCUCACUGGAGUCCAAUCAGAAGCACUUACGAGGUCUACUGACAAAGACAAGAAGCAGCUCACAGAGCCAUGAAGAUACAGUCAAGUACAUCAAGGAGAAGAUCAGGGAGAAUCCCUCUCCAGAGAGGUGCAUCAAUCUGUUCCACUGUCUAAAUGAACUGAAUGACCAUUCUCUAGUGGAGGAAAUUCAAAGAUACCUGAGCUCAAGAAAUGUCUCCAGUGAAGAACUGUCACCUGCACAGUGGUCAGCUCUGGUCUUUGUGUUGCUGACUUCAGAAAAGGAGCUGGAUGUGUUUGACCUGAAGAAAUACUCCAGAUCAGAGGAAGGUCUUCUGAGGCUGCUGCCAGUGGUCAAAGCCUCCAGAGCUGUUCUGCUGUCAGGCUGUGGAGUCACAGAGGAAGGCUGUGAUUCUCUGGUCUCAGCUCUGAGGUCAAACCCCUCACACCUGAGAGAGCUGGACCUGAGUAACAAUGACCUGAAGGAUUCAGGAGUGAAGCUGCUCUCUGCUGGACUGGGGAAUCCCCAAUGUAAACUGGAGACUCUGAGGUCAGUAUUCCUGUAGUUGGUCAACAAGUGA